AUGGUCCCCCGAGCCUGCUGCUGGCUGUCCUGGUGCCUGCUCAUCUGUGUCAUUUCAGCUGAAAUCCAGGAGCAUGGCAGAACUCCCAAGGCUCAGAAAAAGAGAGCCUUCAAAGCAGCCAGCCCUGGAGACGUGAAGCCCCCAGGAGCCCCAGGUGGGAAAAAACCCAAAGCAGACCUCAGCCAGAAGACCCUACAGAUGGAGGCUGCAGCCCCAAGCCUCCCAGCCUCCUCCAUUCUGACCCUGGUGUUAGGGAGGGGCCGCUUCCAGAAGGUGGGGGACUCUCUCAGCCUGCGGGCUGGGGAUCCCCUGGAGCUUCGCUGCCGGGGCAAGGUGGUCCACUGGAGGGUGCCUGUAUACCUGGAAGAGGAGGGCAAGGAACGCCUGAGAAUCAAGCACUUCAGCCGUCACAGCCAGCUGCAGCUGGUCAACUCCACGGGCGCGGACACGGGGGAAUACAGCUGCUGGGCUCAGCACUGCCAGGAUGGCGAGGGCGCAGAAGGCGAGGCCCGCCAGGGAAAGACCUUCAUCUUCUUCACAGACCCAGAGGAACUCUUUGUCCCCACCGAGGAUUAUUAUAAGUGUGCAGUUGCACAGCCAUCAACCAGUCCUGCUUCCCUGCCAGGUGACCAACCCUCUGGCCCACGUGACACUGCACUCGGGAGUUCCCCCCGGAGGAAGUCCCAGUGGAUGGGAGUAGACAAUCUCCUUUGA